AUGGGUCUUACUGUCGUUUCGAUUAUUUGCCUUACUCUACUUCUCAGUCUAUUUCCGUCGCUAUCGUCUGCUGGUAUCCGUAGUUGGUUUUGUGGUUCUUGUGCUGUUUGUCAACUUUGUCCAGCUUGUACACCCCAAAUCAAUGUUGCUCCAUCCUGUCAAUGUGAAGCUCAUCUUAAUAAUUGCAAUUGUCAGUGCCUUACUCAAGAAAAUCUUCAUGCUUAUUAUUCUCAAUGGUAUUCUCAUCUUGGUGCUAGCUAUAAUAACUCUCAUCUCUCUCAGCUGAACUACAAUCAUCUUAAACGUCGGCUGUUAUGGUCGGUUAUUCUUCUUCUCUUCCUUAAUUUUCUUCUUCUCAUCAUUCUUGGCCUGAUACUUUUUUUUGCACCUUCUCUUAUCCGUCGAUGGAAUCUUUGGCGCCGUCGCUCUCGUGCCGAUCGUCGUGCUCAACUUCAACAAAAACUGGAUAAGCUCGUGCACUCGCCUUCUUCAUCUCAUGUUGCUGCUAAUGAUCCGCUCUCCUCAAUUUCACAAUGUUUGGAUAAUCAUACUCAAUUGAUGCGCGAUCUUAAGAGCGAUUUAACCUCAAUUCUUCAUCCUUCAGCUUCUGCUAUUCACGUUCGUUCUUCACCCUCCUAA